AAGUACUUAACCGAUCCAAUGUGCGCGUGCCUGGUUCCAGAUGACCCUGAGAGUUUCCGCCAGGUGGACGGCACCCCGCUGACAGCGGAGGACAUCGUGCAGAAGAUCGCCACCAAGAUCUAUGAGGAGCAUGACAGAGGCGUGUUCGACCGGAUCGUCUCCAAACUGCUCAAGCUGGGGCUGAUCACUGAGAGCCAGGCCGAGACCCUAGAGUACCAGGUGGCCGAGACCUUGCAGGAUCUCAUCACCAAGAACGCCAAGAACAACGAGAUUGAGGACCUUGAAGGAGACUACCCAGCGGCCAAAGGAGAGCUGACGGACCAGAGCCAGGCAACGGACGAGUCCAUCCGGCGGAGCUACAACAUGGACCGACAGGGUGACGACACGGAGGCGGCGAGCGACAAGGACGAGGAAGACCCGGAGGCCGGGGACGAGGACGAGGAGCUGGGGGGAGACGCGACGGCGGCGGCGGCGGGGGACAGCUGGGAGCGGGAGGAGGAGGAGCGGGGGGAGGAGGGGGAUGGCAACGAGGUGAGGCCGGAGGACAGCCUACAGGACCUACAGUACUUCCCCAACUUCUACCGCCUGCUGAAGAGCCUGGACUCAGACCAGGACGCCCAGGAGAGGGAGACGCUGAUCACCAUCAUGAAGACGCUCAUCGACUUUGUGAAGAUGAUGGUGAAGUACGGCACCAUCACGCCCGAGGAGGGAGUCUCCUACCUGGAGAACCUGGAUGCCAUGAUUGCCCUGCAGACGAAGAACAAGCUAGGCAAGGCUCUGGGCAAUCCGGACUUCGCCGCGCUCGCUGGCCAGCUCCCGGACGACGAUGACAACACCAAGCAGGAGGCGGCCAGGAUGAUGAAGGAGUAUGAGAACCUGAAGGACUCAACCAAAGGGGAGCAGCCACCCACUGAGAUCAGCCAGCCUGGGAAGUCAGAGACGUACCUGGAGGCCAUCCGCAAGAACAUCGAAUGGCUGAAGAAACACAACAAGGAGGAAGGCAACGAAGACUACGACCUGUCCAAGCUGAAGGACUUCAUGGACCAGCAGGUGGAUGACUACAUCGACAAGGGCAUCAUCGCAAAGGAAGAAGGAGAGACCAUAAAGAGAAUUUACAGUAGUCUGUAACUGCAUCUCCCCCCCGCCUCGGCACACACACACAAACACACACGCGCGUGCGUGCGCACACACACAGCCUCCCUCUACCCGUCACCCUAGCAAGCCUCUGAGAUGAAUAGGCCCGAAUAGCUUGAGUAUCAGUAAUUUGUUCCAGCCUUUCCAGUGACAAUUAGUAUAUUUUUACCUUGAUCCUUUUGUUUUUGAAUUAAAAAUGCUCAAAAAUAUUUAUAUGCCUAUGGGUUUCCUUCAAAUUAAUCAAUAUGAGGAACGCAAUACUAUUUAAAUGAUUAUCAGCGACAUAACAGAUUAUGAUUUUCAUUAAUAAGGUUGAUUAAUCCUUAACCUUAUGGCCUAGAAAUUGAAAGAAAUUAUUUUGUCACCCUUUCACACGUCCAAGCACCAGAGAUAGACCCAUGGAAGGAUUUAAUUGAUUAUUGGUAUGCUGUAGCUUUCUCACAAUUUUUUUUUGCAAUACAUUUGACUAAAAACGGGAAAGGGUAGUCAAUUAAUUUUUCCUGUCUUAGAAUUGUCUUUUUGCUUUCCAGUGUAUAUGUACAAUCUUAAUAUAUUCUUGCUUUUGUCUUCACCAAAAAUAUAUUUGUUCAGUAUCAUCAACUGUCCAUUCUACGUCCCAUAUUCUUUCUGCUGUAAUCUGUAUCAUGCCCACUAGGGGGUGAUGUCGGCCAUUUUCCUCUGCACGUGUCAGUACAUCUGACAUUUUGCAUUGAAAAAAAUAUUUUUAACUGUAAAUAAUUGUGAUAUUUUAACUAACUUGUACAAGGAAUUAAAACAUUGCCUUUUCUUUA